CGCGGGCCUUUUAAAAAAAGAAACAAAAAACACAUUCUGCUAAAUAUGUCAGACAAUGUUGCACAUCUAGUAGAUUCGAUAGCAGAUCUUAAAACCAUAUUAGGUAGCCGGCUGUGAUGUUUAUCAGGCCACCUUAAGACCUUAAAACGCUAAUUACAUUAUCCGGAAGAGAGUAGUAGCAACUACCUGGUUCUGUGUAGCUACAAUUCUGAAGUGGACGAUGCCUUUCUCGGUGGGACACGAAUAAUGGGGGCAGGGUCACUGCUAAGCCACAAACCAUGACAAUGCAGACUGGGACGCUCGUGAUUUCUUGGACCAUGCACUAAAGGAAAUUAAUUCGGUUAAAACAUUAUGUCGGGCCCAUGAAUUUCAGUUUCGUUUUGGAGUGAACCUUGCGUGGAGUAAGAGAACACAAGUUGCGGUGCUCGUCAACCUAUUAGCUAACAAACAAACUAUGGCGAUUGCACAUGUAGCUACUGAGUAUGUUUUCUCAGACUUUCUACUUAAAGAACCAACAGAUACGAAGUACAAAGGAGUGCGAUUGGAACUCGCGGUGGAUAAAAUCGUCACUUGUAUCGCAGUUGGUCUUCCCUUGUUACUCAUCUCUCUUGCCUUUGCUCAGGAAAUUUCCGUAGGCACUCAGAUCAGCUGCUUCGCUCCCACUAACUUCUCCUGGCGUCAGGCGGCCUACGUGGACUCCUACUGCUGGGCUGCUGUGCAGAAAAGCCACCUGUUAGACGAUGAGAACAGCCGCGUGCCCCUCUGGCUGCAUAAGUUCUUCCCUUACAUCCUCCUGCUCGUGGCGAUCCUGAUGUACAUCCCCUCCCUGUUCUGGCGUUUCACAGCAGCGCCUCAUCUCUUCUCCGACCUCGCAUUCAUCAUGGGAGAGUUCGACCGCACGUACAACCGGGCCAUCAAACUAGCCGCCAUUGACCCCCAGAGCAGUGCUGGGGAUCUCACGGAAACAUGCUUCAGGUACCCUAUAGUGGAGCAGUACCUCAAGACCAAGAGACACUCCAAGAGCCUCGUGAUGAAGUACCUCUUCUGCAGAGUGCUGACUCUGGUCAUUCUGCUGUUGGCCUGCCUCUACCUAGGCUAUUACAUCAACCUGGCGUCCAUCACGGACGAGUUCAGCUGCAACAUCCGCACUGGCAUCCUGAAAAAUGACAGCACCAUCCCCAAUGCCCUGCAGUGCAAGCUGGUGGCCGUGGGCGUCUUCCAGCUUCUUAGCUACAUCAACCUGAUCAUCUACAUCCUGCUGGCCCCGGUGAUCGUGUAUGCUACUUUUGCGCCCCUGCUGCAAGGCCCAGAUUUCCUCAAGCCCUAUGAAAUGCUGCCCAACUCCUGCGUGCUGGACUUGGGUGGGCGCUUCUAUGACGACCUUAGCAUAUACCUGCUCUUCUUGCAUGAGAACCUUAGCGAGCUCAAGUCCUACAAGUGCCUGAAAGUGCUUGAGUUGCUGACGGAGAGAGGUGGGGGGGUGGAGACCUUCGACAUGAUGGGCCUACUCAGCACCCUCGGCCAGGUGAAGACGGAUGCUGUGGACGGGAAGGUUCAGAAGGGCAAUGGCCUGGCAGCCAAGCCGGAUCAUGACCGCAAUGGCACUGAGAUGAAAGACAUGUCUUCCCCGUUACUGGAAGGAGGGCAGAAGGAGGAUGGACAGUGCUGUGACAAGGUUGCAUUACGUCAGCGGGUCAGCUAACGGCUGAACGAGAGGCUGUUUGAUACAAACGUGAUGCGUCUGAUCAGACUUCAUGAACUUCACAUUUUGGAGGAGAAUCGUGUGCCCUACAGCAGAACACUGGGAGAGUUUGCCGUGAACCGCCAGUUUCUGUGAAUGCAUCCUGGCUUUCAUUUUUUAACCGGAAUUUUUAAUUCCGAAAGAACGUUGUAUUUACAGAUCGAAGUUUCAUAAAGGUUUUGGUUCUGAGAAUCAUAUCUGGGACAAAAUUCCUUUUUAACAGAAACCUUUUUGCAUUUUUCUUUUAUUGUUGUGAGCGGUUAAUAUUUAUUGUGGUGUAGAAUUUGCACUGUGGCUAGGUGUGUUUUGUGUAGUUUUUCCCCAUGCUGUAACAUUAGCAAAGCAAUUUGCAGCUGAGCUGGCCUGGUGGUGGAAAUAAUUACAAGAAUAAAAUUUUAGAGAAAUAAUGCUGUUGAAUUUUUUCCUCCUACACACUGCUACCUUAUUAGAGUGAUUCAAGGACCUUUGGGUCGAUAAUGUUGAGAUUCAGCUGUCAGAUUCAGUUGGUUACGUUUGUUUUCUUGUUUUUAAUUAAAAUUGUGCCAGUUUGUAGUUUUCACUCUUUGGUCUCAUCUGCUGUACUGUCUCACUUUGCAACGGGAACAGCAUGUUCUGGAGAGUGCAUGUGUGAGGGGAAGGUUGAAAAGAACAAGUAGCUGCUCAUGGUUAUUUCAUGGGGAAAUAUUUGUUGUUAUAAAAACGUAUUGUUUGAUGUUAGCGUGAAACGUGUUGAUGACAAAAUGUAUGAGAAGGGUUAGGGUAAUGUAUGGUUCAUUCUCCCUCCCUUCACCAUCCAAGGUUUUCAGCUUUUUAAGCAAUGCAGUGUGUGAAUAGUAAAUGGAAUGUGUUGCAUGUAAUUUGUUUAGAAUGUUCUCUGUAGUUGGCAGUUUUCCUUUUUGAUUCACCAUACUUUCUGUUUUUGAAAAAAGCAUCCAUGGCUUGGUUUAUUACUUUGAAUGGUCAGAACUGUUCUCACAGUUACAUGUACUUAUCAGUUGAAAGGCAUCCAACUUCAUUAUUGCAAUGUACAAGUACUUGUGCUGUUCAAAAGCUUUGUUCUUGUUUUUUCCUGUUUUUCUAUGUUGUGCUAAAGUACCCAUUUUCUCCCCGAUGACACAUACGUGCAUUGGUUCCUCACUGCUUGCACAAGACUUAAUAUUGUUCUUGUUCAUAAUGUUCAGUAUGUCUCUGGUGUGGGUUGCUGCAAAGUUUUAAGGAUUUAUUUAAGAGCAGUACAAACCGGGCAAAAUUGUCUUUUCAUUUAAAAUGCAUAGAAAAGGUUAAGUUAAAGUAUAGGGGCAAGGAUUCUCGGUCCAGUACGAGUCCAGUCUCAUAAACCGAGUUACACGAUGUGAAGUAUUCAGGGUGAAAGUGAUGCGCACCUUGAUGUCACUGAAACGGGUCUAGUUCUUAGUUUGUCUCCAGACACCUUUAUUCAGUAAACUGUCUAUAGGUAAUGUUUUUUUUGUACAGAAUGCAGGAUGCCAUUUUAAUAAACUGCUGAAAACUCUA